AUGAAAGAGGCGGUGGAGCAGAUGAUUGCAACGAUAUGCUGGUUGCUCGACAGGGAAAAGAUAGAAGAAAUAACCUUAAUCAACAUUGUUGUGUCGGAUGGAGAAAGUAUUGUUGCCACAAGAUUUGUCACAAAUGCUCAAGAAGUAGCUUACGAAUCGGGGAAGUCCGCCAUCGUGCCAGACCCAUCCGGGAAUACAAGCCCGACGAUGCCAGCCAGUCUCUAUUUUGCCACAGGGACGGCGUGGCAGCAGCUGGAGGAAACAUGCGAUGAAUUUCGCAUGACUCACAAAGACAAAAGGACUGACAUAUGCAUUGUGACAAGUGAGCCUCUUACUUCUAACCCGGAAGACUGGAUGCCGGUUCCGAGGAAUACGAUGAUUUUGAUCACCCCAGCAAUAGAUCUUCUGCUGUAUCCGAUAUCCAGCGUUGGGUAUUUGCCCUCGCUGCUGCGGAGUCGCCGUAGGUCUGGGUCCUUGUUACCCCUGCAGGAGGCAGACAGCCCCUCUCUUGACGGGCAAAUAACUCUGCGCAGGGGUCUAGCGGCUUCACUAGCAGAUAAACUCGAAGAGGACUUCGCGUCUUUGUUAAAAAUAGCUUCGAAUUCUCCAGUGGGGACUCCUGGUGCUGCUGACGAACUGCCGGUAAUGGCGCUGCGCUCCCUAGAGGGCUUCAUCCAUGAACUGGCAGCGGGUAUUGAAUCCACUGAUGGAAAAGAAGCUGCUUGGCGAGCUUUGGAAGUCAAGCUGCAGGGCCUGGAGAAGAAGAUGCGAGCGGUUCAAGUGCAGAGACAGACCGUGGCGGCAAUAGAAGACAGUCAGUCUCAGAGUCCGCCUGGCUCAUCUAUCUCUUCUGUUGGCGCACUGCCGACAAAUCUGUAUCAUGCAGAGAUUAAUUUGGAGACACCAGGUGCCAACCAGCAGUGCUACGAGCUUCUUGCGGGCUCGUGUGCCAUCUUAUGUCUUGAAACCAUCAUGAUAUACGUUGCAAGUUGCCAAAGUGACACUAAAUUGAAGUCUUCCUCCCGAGCGUCAUCUUCGGCGCCCCCUGUAGCGGCAAAAACAUUUGUUUUCGCGGGCAUGCAGAGUGGGGAGGUCGUCAUUUACGAUGCUACCAGCGCCUCUGUCUCGCCGAUAUCGUUUCAAGCGCAUGUGGGAGGAGUCCUAGCCAUGGCUGUUCACGCCAAUAUCUUCAGGCGGGGCUGUGCGAGCACUGGGAGAGCAAUUCCAUGCAAGGCCUGCGACUCUACACUUCCGGAAGUCUUUUUAGUGACAGGUGGCAGCGAUACCUCCCUGGCUGUUUGGGAUCUUUCUCCACUUAUCUUUGGUGGUCGUGAGCCUCGUCUUCUUAGUGGCAAACUUGUUUGCCUCGAUGGGCCCAGGGUGUCUAUUGAUGCUGAUGACUUGUUAGCUGUACGCCUUACUUUUCUCCCUCACCAGGGUGACGUCCUGUCUCUGCUGGUCAGGGACGCUUCCGGCUGUGCUCGCACAAAUGGAAGCCGCCACGACCCAUCUACCAGGAUGUGCGUUGUGGAUGCAUGUGAAGCUUGCCUCCAAGGGAUACGCGUUGCGAUGCGGCUUGAUGACUCAGGGGGGGCAAGCAGUGAGGAAUCGGCUGCCUCUCCACUGGCUUCAUUGCCUUUCGCAGAUCUUCAUAAGGUUCAGUUAAAUCCCUUUGCGGAUGAGCCGGAAUGCAACCUCCUUCUGAUUAUUGGAUUCCAGUCAGCCAAGAUCGGGGCGGUGUUCCUAAGUGAUUUGUUGCGGUAUUUCCGCCAUACGCAAGUUAUGGUCUCUGUCUUGGCGAAUGCUGUUUCAUUCCAGCCAACGCAGCAGGAGUCUCUUCCCUUGAGUGUUUCCCGAGACUUCGAACUAAAAACCCUUGCUUCGGGUCAGCUGAAGGUUCAAUUUACGGGAGAGCAAGAAAGGGAGUCCCUGCGCUCGCUUUUCUCUGGGGAUGCACCAUGCCUCUCCGAGAAACCUCAGAGUGCCCACUUACCCGCCCAGCACGAGAGCCCUGGUAUGGCAAUUUCACCCUGUCACACGUCUGCAUUGGCUAAGGGUGAGUCAUUCCGAUGCCUCCUUGCUGGCUUUGCUCGCUCUCUCCGCAGCGUGACAUUACACGCGUCACACGCAGCGACAGCCCUAUGGUCGAAGAAGUGCUCUCGCUCUGGGAGGCUGGGGUGCCUGUACCCGCCCACUGGCACUGUGUACUGUUUUAAGGCGCCACACGAGUUGGAGGUCCCAUUACCAGAAGGAGCUGCAGCGUCGGCGUCUCCAGGUACUUACAGGGUUGUAACCAGCACCUCGAGCCUCAAAAUUGUGGCGCAGCCGUCUAAAAACGAUGGGGGGCUGAAGAUAGAAAUGCGGUUUUUGCCCUUCGAGCAGUCCGGUGUAAAACGUCAGUGCUCUCAUCAGUCUUUAGUCGGACCUUGGCUGGACGAAAGUGGACACAAUGGCUUUGUGGAAUGCCUCACCAGCUGCGGCAGAAGAGUCAUCUGCAGCGGUGGAGGCGACGGUCGGCUGCUUUUGUGGGGGAAGAAUGGGAGCCUGGUGGGAGAGCUCUCAGGUCACCAUGGAGGGGUAUUGUGUGUGGCGUACACAGAGGCCCCCGUAGAAUCUCUUUGUCGGGACUUGCGCAGCUGGGGACCUAGGGAUCGUUUGCAAGUACAGAGUCCCCAGACCGAGUGCUCCAAAGAGUCUGAUGACAAUGUGCAUUCCCUUCAGGGUCUCUUGUUUAGUGGAAGCCGUGACAGUAGCAUUCGCGUCUGGGCCCUCGAGCAGCUUGUCUGCAUACAGACGUUAAAUGUGCAUACGUCAGAGGUGCUAGCCCUUGCUGCGGAUGCUGCGCGGAACAUUCUGAUUAGCGGGUCUGCCAAUGGCGAGCUAUUCGUCUGGCAGCUCGACUUGAUGGUUGUAGCCUUCCAACUCAACCUCAAUGCGUCUCCUACAUUCGCAGAUAAUGGGCGCUUUACAGGCGUCGGCACCCGCCAAACCUUCCAAUCAGGCAGUUUUGAAGGCCAGAAAAGUGGCGUAUCUUUCACCGACCUGCUGUUAGUUCCAGACGUGUCGAGCCUUCGUAUUCCCGACAGUGGGAGCGCCGGUGCGUUCCCAACUAGCCCCACCACUGCUGGCGGCAGAGGCAAAGGCGGUUUACAAUUGUGGGCAGGGCGAGGUGACGGGAAACUAGGUGUUUGGAAUAUAAGCGAGAGAGAUUUGGGUGAAGAAGAAUCCAUUGGAGAUCCUUACGACCAGGGUCGGGCUGCAACGCGUGAGGCGUCGCUAUCGAGCGAACCUGCAGAAGGCACAGCUGCGUUGGCCUCAGAAUUGCAGGGUGCUAAUGCGGCUAAAACUGGAGCUUCCGCUGGAUGUGCAUCAAUACUUCCAACUGCAAGCAUUCUACAGCGAGGUGCUGCUGGGGGGAGAGUAAGGGUUGAGGAGACCACGACACAAGGGCAGCGCGGGCUGUGUGGAAGUCGAGUUAGCAGCAUGAUUAUCACACCUGGAGCGUCAAUGCCUUCACUGCCGCCACUGACAAUUGGGGGAGGUCUGGAACCUAGGCGGAGAGACUUCCUGCCCCUCCUCGCUCAGUUUGUUGCAUAUAAAUCAAUUUCAGCCUCACGAUGUCCCCGACACGUUAGCGGCUGCAUCGGUGCUGCCAAGUUUGUCGCGCAGCUUUUUGAGCAGGCACUUGGAGCUACGGUGGAUAUUGUGUGGCCUCGCCGAUCAACGGCGACAUCAGAGUUCCACGGUGACCAAGGAGAGGGCCAGCCGCACCCUGUGGUGUUUGGCCGUCUGGGUACGAACCCGCAGCACCCCACAAUCGUCUUUUACUCGCACUACGACGUUGUAUCUGCGGGAGGUAGCUCCUCAUCUUCUGCACCGACCCCUUCCGACGGGUCAGAAGGCUCAGCCUCCCCCACUACCGCUGCGGCGUCUCCGACCGCACUGCCGCGCACAAAUGGGAACCAGCCGGCAUCUGGCUGCAGCUUUGAGGCGAAUGUGUAUCUUGACAAUUCUAAGCGUCGAGAUAAUCAGACCAAAUCUUCUGAAUGGCAUGGCACGGGCUGGCAUACAAAUCCUUGGAGAAUACACUGCAAAGAUGGCUACAUAUAUGGGAGGGGAGUGACUGACAACAAGGGACCCAUUAUCUGUUCUUUGCUAGCCGUUAAGCAGUUCAUAGCAGAAUGGAGGCGGAAACAUAGGGUAAAUCAGGCAACACACGACCAGCGUUCGCAGCUUCCAGGCUCCAACACAGCUUUAGAAACUCAACCCCUAACACCGUCUAAGAACGACCCCGCUGUCCCCUUCAACUUCGUGUGGAUCUGCGAAGGAGACGAGGAAAACGGCAGCGUGGGUCUUGCUGAUGCUGUAGCGCAAAAGGCGAGCUGGCUUCACGGGACGCAUUUCCUCAUAUGCAACAAUAGCUAUUGGGCCGAUGACGUCACCCCAUGCCUUGUCUACGGCAUGCGGGGGGUGCUGGACAUCCGCGUGGAGGCAACAGCUGCCACAGGAGAAGGCGGCUACCAUUCAGGGGUACACGGAGGUGCAGUAGAGGAGCCAAUGCAGAGCUUGGUUCACCUGUUGGGCCGGAUAUACGAUCCUAGCACUGGUCGCGUAACGAUUCCUCGGUUCUACGACUCCGUUCAGCCUCCCGAUGACGCAGAGCUCCAGCGCGUCAAGAUUGCUGCAGAAUCUGUUGAAACUGGAUGGAUAGAGGGUGCGGCUGCGUGUGGAGUCGGCGGCCCACAGGAACUCCUUCGGAAACGGUGGCUGGAACCCUCCAUGUCUUUGCUGGGCAUCCACGCAUCUUUAAAAGGAAAUUGCGCGCAUGCUGGUGGAGCUAUGCGUAUUAUUCCUUCAACAGCUUCCGCAGAAAUUAGCGUGCGCCUUGUGCCCAAGCAGGUCUGGGGUGUUGACCCACUUUAUGUACGAGAGGGAGGCUCAAUGCCAGCAAUUCCGUUCCUCGCUGAUGCUCUUCGAAGACUUCCCGGACUGAAGGGCCACACACAAAGCAACGAGGAAAUAGCUGUCUGCCAGUUGCCCUUCGGGCAGGCUAGCGACAACGCUCACCUUCCAAACGAACGGCUGGGCAUUCGUCAGGUGGAGAAGGGCGUGGAUGUUUUGGCAUGCACGCUAGAGUCUCUUGCGGCGAGGUUGGCUCGGCAAGGUUAA